AUGGGACUAGUGCGAUAUAUACGGGCGGUACUGUUGUCGUCAUUAUUGGCAAUAAUUGCAAUAUCUCACAGGUAUAGUAAGAAUGCAUCUUUAGGCGAAAAGUUCACAUAUCUAGUGCCUUCAACUCUUUACAACGAGAUGCUAACUCAGCCAGCACCUGCGGUCAUGCUGGUUGCCAGUUACAAGGGAGGUUCCACAUUUUGCGGUGAACUCUUUAACCAGAAUCCGAAUAUAUGUUACUUUUUCGAACCAUUGUAUGACACAUCAGAUAAGCCGACGUGGAAUUCGAGUAUCAAAGCUACGUCAACUCUAAAAGAGCUGUAUAACUGUAUGUUUGUAGAUCACUACUUGAAUAUGAUCCAUAACUUUCCUUUAGCCAAAUCGAGAAGCAAUUGUUUCAAAAACAUUUGUAAGACUGGACUUUGCUGUAGAAAAACUAAUAGGUCAGAGCUUGUGCAAGGUUGUGGUAAAUAUAACUACAAAGCAAUAAAAGUAUUACGCCUGCAAUCGCUAGAGGUGUUAAAACCAUUGGUAUUGGAAGAAAAAAUUGAUUUGAAGAUUAUUCACCUGAUCCGUGAUCCAAGGGGAAUUGCUUGCUCGAGAACGUGUAAAGGUUUCUGGGACGUUCAGCGACGUGAAAUAAUAGAGAUUCAAGGCGACCUACUGAAGGAGAUUGCCAAUGAAUGUAAGAAUAUGCAUAAUAUGGUAUCAUAUGCCAAAAGUCUUCCAGCGUGGUUAGAUCGUCACUACAAAAUUGUUAGAUUUGAGGACUUGGCUAUUGAUCCAAUAGGAGUUGCAGAAGAGAUUUACAGAUUCAUUGGUAUUGAUUUACCAGUUGAAGUGACGUCAUGGAUACAAGCAAAAACUAAACACGAAGAAUAUGGCGAAGGGCGUUUGAACAGAAGUCGUAAUUCAACAGCGACUGCCGAUUCAUGGAGACAUGUGCUAACUUUCUCUGAAGUGAAUUUAAUUCAAAAUGUGUGCACUGAUAUAAUUAAUGACAUGCAUUAUAAAAUGUUGAGUUCAGAGAACCAGUUACAAGACAUACAUAACCAUGUAUUUUAA